AUGCGAGGCCUCCAACGACACGAUGCCAACUGGAACGAAAUGAACUGUCUGUGAGCAUCAAUCGUAUUGCGGUCGCAAGAUACAAGAGCUGUGUCAUCGGGGCCUGCGCGAAUAGAACGAGAACACUCCCCACGCAAUGGAGGAUACAAACAUGACAAGAUAUCGACAGAGUACACUGCCCAGCUGCCAGCAUUGGGUCGGUCUGACCUCCCCGUGUGCUAAAAUCUGUCACGCGCACCCUGUAGAAAUGCACAAUGUUUUCAAGAUCUCUCUAGUCGUCCGCAGAGAGGCGCUGAGUAUCACACUUUUAGUGGAGGGCUGCACUGAUCUUGAAAACAUUGUGCAUUUCUACAGACUGGAUACCCCCAGGCAUGGCCGUGGGAGAUGGCUAGUAGAAGUGACAGAAUUCAGCACACGGGGAGGCAGUCAGAAGCAAGCGGCACGUUAACAUUUUUGUCUGUCGCUACAAGAGGAGGCUGAUCGGCGAAGAAUGUUGACUCCCAGUCCAGCUUGAGCUUUGGACCGUG